AUGAUGGCCACCUGUUUGGCUCCUUCCAAUCCUACUGCCGUUGCCUCAUUUCUGUCCACAUUACUGCCCAAUGGCUUUGCUGUGGGGCCUUCAGGGUCCUGUAAGGGAAGACUUGGACUGUGGUGGGUUGGCCAAGCUCUGCAGGUUGGAUUCCUGCUGGGGAAGGAAGGGGAUGCAGAAUGGGUAGAGAAGUUUCAGACUGGCCCAAUGUCUCCCCAGGACCUCAUUGUGACACUGCAAACACUGGAAGAAAAGGACUGGACUAAACUGGAGAAAGCACCUAUGCAAAUAGCCACAAACAAUGAUGUUGCACUCCACAAUGCUGUCUGGAUCAGUUUUGCCUGCCAGGUGCAAAGCAAAGAUCGGCACAAUGUAGCAGUGCAAUGCUCAUGCGGAGAGAUGUGUGUGGGCAAAUGUGUGGGGGUGUGUUUGCGUGUGUGUCAUGAGAUCCAGCCGGGAACUGAACUGCUGUUGAGUGGUGAGAUUGAGGGAAGACGUGAUGCAAAAGAAAGACUUGAUGCACAGGACUUCUCUGGAAAACAACAAGGAGAUUACUCAGCACAGAUUUUAAUGGAUUCAGGAAUUGCUGUUCUCCACCCAAAGAUCGAUAAUGAGACCGAAGAAGAGGAAGCACAAAACAAGGAAUCUUUUGAAAGUUCAAAGACUGACGCAACUACACUUGAUCCUAUCGAAGGCAGACAGGAUGGAAGUAGCACUGCAAUUAACAAUACUGCUGAAGAAGCCAAUACUGUUAUGACAUCAAAUGGCCACAAUGACAGCAUUGACCAUGUAAUGGUUGAAGUAGACACUAGGUCAAAUUUGAACUUUGUAGACAGGCAGACAAAUACCUUAAUUGGGUCACCUCUUCCUGUCCGAUGUAGCUCUCGCCUGGCAACUAAACCACGACAGGUUCACUGCCUGACCAGCCGAGAGAAGAAACUCCCUCUCCACCCACGCCCAGACAGACAUAGAGACAAGCAAAAGAGUAUAAAAAAGGUUGCCAAGUCCUCUCCAGAAGCAGUGGUUUCGACUGUAACAUCACAUUCUGAUGCUGUGACUAUAAUAGCAGAAAAUGUGACAGUUGAAAGUCCCACUUGCUGCCCAGAGGUGAGAGAGAGGCGUUACGGGUGUUCCGAGUGCGGGAAGAAGUUCUACCAGGUUGGCCACUUAAAGAAACACCAGUUCAGUCACACAGAAGCAAAGCCCUUCACCUGUCAGGACUGUGGCAAAAACUACACCUCUGCAGAGAGCUUCAAGGCCCAUCAGCUGAGCCACCGUGGGGAGCGUCCGUUUUCCUGUCCCCACUGUGAAAAGACCUAUGGCCUGAAGCGGGACCUCAAAGAGCACUUGGUCCUGCACACAGGCGAGAAGCCGUAUGUCUGUGAGCACUGUGGCAAGUCCUUUGCACGUCGUCCCUCGCUGCGCAUCCAUCGCCUCCUUCACUGCAGCAAAUUGAUUUAUUCACACCCUCCAAAGUUGCAGUGCAGCCUCUGCCCCAAGCUUCUGGCAAACUCUGGUUCUCUGAGGAAUCACAUGAAGCUCCACACCGGAGAGAAACCUCACAUCUGCCAGCACUGUGGAAAAAGUUUCGGUCAGAAAGGUAACCUCGAUAGCCAUUUGAGAAUUCACAGUGGAGAGAAGCCAUAUACCUGCUCUGAAUGUGAUCAAAGUUUCGCUCAGAAAGCUGAACUUUUCCGCCACAGGUUUUCACACACCGGCGGCGGUUUUCUUUGUAGUUAUUGUGGAAAAUCCUUGAGGGACCCACAUAGCCUGAAGUCCCAUGAAAGAUUGCACACUGGUGACAGGCCCCAUCGUUGCCCCAUCUGUGGAAAAGGCUACACUCUGGCCACAAAGCUGAGGAGACAUAUCAAAUCUUCUCACGUGACAGAAAAGCCCUACAGCUGUUCCUGCGGUGCCUCCUACACUCUGAGACAAAGUCUAUGGAGGCAUCAAGCGCAGCACCAGUCACAAGAGGCAACACAGGAGGAGCUCAAGGAAGGACUGCGACAGAAGACUAAACCCUCUCAUCAUCCAAAGCCAGUCAAAGGCAGACCCAAGAAAGGCGCCAGGGAUGGCAGAGUACAGAGAAGGGGACAGGGAAAGGGAGAGGAAGAAAGUGGGGCAGGAAAAAAUGAAAUAUCUGAGACUCCAACCGUCGCUGGGGGAGAUGGAAAAGCUUCAAGUGGCACCCAGCACACUCUUGUAUUUGUUCACACUGACGAUAUAUCGGAACCAAGCUACGGUUCUCUGAUACUCUCCUCAGAAGACUUUGAUUCACAAACUGGGCAGAAGGUGGUGGAGGUGGUGAUAUCAUAA